UUUAUAGUAUAUAUGUAUUUUUUUUAAAGUAUAUAUGUAUAUCUUGUUACAAAAAAAUAUAUAUGUGUAUAUCUUUUACUUCUUCCUUUUUUUUUUGGUUUUCCUUCCGAGCUAGGGCUUUCAGAAUUUGUUUCCUUUUCUUACCUCUUUGCUUCAUUAUAUAAACAGAGAAUGUGAAAGUCUCAAGCAUAGUUUCUAAAAAAACAUAUUCUUUUCUCGAAGUAACAAACUCUACGAAAGCAAUAUGUGGAAUCAAAAGCCGAGCUUCAGGUUUGAGAUAGAUAACUACUCGGAAAAGCCGAGCAUACAAAUACAAUCUAAGACAUUCGUGGCUGGCGGAUGCGAAUGGUAUCUUAACGCUUUUCCCAAGGGAGGUUAUCUUGCUGUUCAUGAUCACUUUUCUUUGUUCCUGCAAGUUGCAAAUCGAACCAUGCUACCAACUGGGUGGAAAAGGAAAGUUAGUUUUUACUUCACUCUGUUGAAUCAAUCCGACAAAGAGCUCUUCAGAUCUAACAUUGUACGAUGCCAAGUGCUUGAUGUUAAGGGUCCAUCCUGGGGCUUCGAAAAGCUAUGUCCUCUUAGCAAGCUUCAAGAGAACGGUGUCUUGGAGAAAGACAGACUAAUCAUUGAGGUCUACAUUAAUUUGAUUGAAGCUGUUGACGGAGAAAGCGGAGAUGUAUCAGGGAAGGAGGAGACUAUGGAUAUCAACGGUUUUAAGGUUCUUGCUUCUCAGGUCACUCUAGUGAGGAAGAUAUUCGCAGAGCACCCGGACAUUGCACUAGGUUUGAAAUCAAAGAACCAAGUGCUGAAGACAGCAUACAUGAAUGUCCUCAUUGGUCUCAUCAAUACACUAAACAAGCCUUCACACAACCACUCAGAGACUGAGCUAACCAAGGCUGGCAGCGAGUUGAGUGAGCUGGAAGAAGUGGGUUUCAAGCUUGACUGGCUCAAGUCAAAGCUUGAGGAGGUUAGCUUGGAGAGGAAGAAAGAAGAUGUCUAUGGUAAUAAGGUCAUACAGCUUGAGGAACGUGUGAAGAAUCUUGAGCAGAUGGAAAACAAGAUGAAGAGAAAGAUUGUUGAGUGUUUCUUGGAGAGGAAGAAAGCAAAAGAUGAUGGGUCUCGGGUCCAAACACUCGAGGAACGGGUCAACUACCUUGAGGCGGUGGACUCCAGCUCCAGGCUGGAUUGUCUGACUCUGAAGUCGAAAUCUGGGGGUGUUUCCUCUGAGAAGAUGAAGAAGGUAGAUGAUGCUGAUGCGUCUAGGGUCCAACAACUGGAGGAAAACCUCAAGAAUCUUGAGGAGAUUGUGUCUGAUCUCAAAGUGAAACUGGACGAGGGCAAGGAAAAAACCUCUUGUGAUGGAUUUUUGCUGGUGGGCGACGACGAGGUAGCUUGAUAUAGAAUAGAUACCAAGUUGUUAGUUCAUUUAGAAGACUCUACUAUAGUGCUAUGCGUUCAUUUGUUUUAGUGUUUUUCUUGAUGGAUAUAUUGUCUUUCACUCCUUAAUUAUGUUUUGUGUCAAUCUCCUUAAUUAAGCAGCUCAAUAAAUUUUCACUUCAAAGUUCAAAAUAUAACUUCUAUAGAGAAGGAAGCUUCGUCAUCUCUACUAUAUGUCUCUGGUCACUUUUUAUGCUAAUGAACGAUCUUUCUUAUUUUAUUCAAGAAGUAUAAAUGAAGAUUCAAGACUCCAACAAACUUAUUGAAUCGUUGUUACAUUAAUAUAGAGCAGUAUGACUAGUUCUGUCAUAGGUAAUUUGAUUGCGUCUCUUCUUCAGCCUCAAGAGUCUCUCUCCCACCAAACCAAUCCCUUAUACUAUCGACUUCCAAUAAUUUUGGUAAGUGAAAGAGAUAAAUUAAAUAAAACAAUUAGAAUUUAGUAUUCCAUGACAUUUGUUAAUGUUAAUUACCAACCAAUGAAAAAGUUAUGAUGUGAAAAAAUCAACAUACAAAACAUAUAAAUAAUUGUAUUGUGAAUAGGUUUAAUCCUAGUUACUAAAAUAAUACUCCCUUUGUAUCAUUUUUUCAAAUUGAAUUAAAAGAAUCGUAAGUUAUGUCGGUUGCGUGGUUUUGGACGGUGAAACAAUAAAAUUGAUAUACUAGAUAAAUAACUGGUAAUUUUAUAAUUCUAGACAUGAAAUUUUUUUAAUGUUUUUGUUUGUAGAACAUAUUCACUCUGUUUUUAAUAUAUGAUGUUUUAAGAUUUUGUUCACUUCAAAUUAGAUAACAUUUUCAGUUUUCAAUGCCAAUUUAUUAUUCUUUUAUACUACAUAAAUUUUUAUAUUCUUUAUUUAACUUUUCUAUUGGUUGAAUUAUGAUUAGGUGAAUAGUUAAUAAUGUUUUGGUUAGACAAAAUACAAAACUAAUAUUUUUUCUUAAAUGUCAAAGUAAAAAAAUUGAAAUAUUGUCAUUUAGUUGAUUAUAUAUAUUAGUACACGUAUAUUUGUAAAUACAUUUGUUUCACAGAUAAAAUAUGAUAUAUUUUCUCUUUUAUAUAGAUUAUAAUUUUUUUUGUCAUUAUUACAAUUUACGUUAUAUGUCGAAAUAUUUUUUUGAUUUAGAUUUAACGUUUUUGAACAGCGUUUCAAAGAGAACUUGACAACGUUUUAGCAUAUGCACUGUAGACUCUAGAUAUUAUUUGAGCUGGUAAUUGAUUAUUUGAUUAUGUCUAACAAUAAUUUAGAUGUAUACAGAGAUGGUAUCAUUACCUUUUCUAAUCAUCAAAAACAUUUAAUAAACUCUAUUUUAAUAUAAUUUUAAUAUCAUUUUUGAUAUUUUUUGCAAGUAUUUAUAGUUUUUGCAUACUAUACUAAAAUGACAUAUAAGUGAUCUUUAGGAUUUUAAGAUUUAGUAAUUUUGUGGUUAUUUUAAAUUUUUAAAAGGUAGAAUAUUCUUAGAAAUUCUAAGAUCUUUUUGUUAUAAAUAUAAUAUAAAUAAUAUUCUUGUGAUUCACAAAUAUAUUAUUGGUGAAAUAAAUAAAUUUUAAGACCAUGAUUUCAAAAUAUGAUAGAUUAUAAUUAUUAAAUAUAUAUUAUUGCAUAUAUUUUAAAUUAAGUUAUAUGUUUAUAAACGAAUUCUAUUAUAUGUUUAAGAAUGAUAUUAAUUUAGUAAAUAUUGUUAAUAAUACUAAAGAAAAUCACAUGUUGUUAUAUUUUUUUGACAUCAUCAAGAUAAUAAUAAUAACCAUAUGUUAGGGUUGCAUAACAUAAAACGAAGAAUAGUAUAAAC